CCCCCCCCGUGCAACAAGUUUGCAGCAGCCAGAAGGAGCAGGUUGGCGGAGGCGGGGCGCAACGUUCAUUCAUCCGCGAGCGGUCGCAGGUACAUCACUUCGUGGCUCCGCCGCCGGAUGCACUUUGCGCACGAACGGGGAUCGCGGCGGGAGCGCAUCGGAUUGAGGAAAAAAAAUACAUGUAAAUAAAAGAGAGGGGACAAAAUUAAACUCAGAAUGGAAGCAGCGCCUCAGAAGCGACAACAUUGUGGCGCAACGGCGCUGAACGUCAUCUCGUCGCUGUGCUCGGUGGCGUCCAUCGCCUUCUGCGUCCUGCUGAGCGCCAACACGGCGGACAUCAGGAGCCGCGUCGUGGAUCUGGAAAGCGCAAUCGUGGGCUCCUCGGCGGCUGAUUUCAAUUCACUGAUUGAGAGCCGCGUGGACCAGCUGCUGUCUCAGCGCUCCUAUGAAAAUUACGUCAAGAUCCGGACUGCCAGAGAAGCCUCACCUGAAUGCAACUGUCCUCCAGGACCUCCGGGAAAGCGAGGAAGACGAGGCCGCGAUGGAGAACCUGGCCCUCCUGGCCCUCCAGGUCCAAAGGGCGACAAGGGGGAUCAAGGCGACCAGGGACCACGGAUGGUCUUCCCUAAGAUCAAUCAUGGCUUUCUUUCUGCUGACCAGCAGCUCAUAAAGCGACGUCUCAUUAAGGGAGAUCAGGGUCAAGCAGGACCACCAGGACCUCCCGGUCCGCCGGGACCUCCAGGUCCCCGAGGUCCUCCAGGGGACACAGGCAAGGAUGGGCCCAGAGGUGUGCCAGGUCUACCAGGUGAUGCAGGGAAGCCUGGGGAAAUUGGUCCAAUGGGACCUGAGGGGCCCCAGGGCCUGAAGGGUUCACUUGGGCCUCCAGGCGUCCCAGGUGCUGACGGACAGAAGGGGGAUCUUGGCACCCCAGGAAUGGACGGUUUCCCCGGAGCCAAGGGUGAAAUGGGAGAACGAGGUGAAAAGGGCGACAUGGGCGAAGAAGGACAGAAAGGCGAUAUGGGCGAAAAGGGAGAUGCGGGCUCCUCUGCAGCAGGCAUCAAGGGUGAGCCUGGAGAGCCUGGACGAAGUGGACAAAAGGGAGAGCCAGGACUUCCAGGGCUGCCUGGACUCCCAGGGAUAAAGGGUGAGCCUGGAUUUGUUGGUCCCCAGGGAGAGCCAGGGCUUCCAGGACUCCCAGGAACUAAGGGUGAGAAAGGUGACCAUGGGCCACAAGGGAAGGGCGAACGAGGAGAAAUCGGACCUGUCGGACCAAAGGGAUCGCAAGGGGAGCCUGGUUCCCCAGGUCAGAAAGGGUCAAAGGGAGAGACCGGAGAUAAAGGAGAUUUAGGAUAUGUUGGCCCACGGGGCCCCCCCGGCCAGAAAGGAGACCAAGGAGCUACUGAAAUUAUCGACUAUAAUGGAAACAUUGAAGAAGCUUUGCAGAAGAUUACCACUAUUACAGUAACGGGUCCACCUGGUCCUCCUGGACCAAUUGGACCACAGGGCAUAAAGGGUGAUCGGGGUAUGCCUGGUCUACCUGGGCUUGAUGGUGAAAGGGGCUACAAAGGCUCAAAAGGAGACAUGGGAAUGCCCGGGGCUUCAGGGGAAAAAGGAGCAACUGGAUUACCUGGAUUACCUGGUGUCAAUGGAGUUAAAGGUGAUAAAGGUGAUGCAGGGUUGUCUGGUCCUCAAGGUCCCUCAAUAACUGGCCCUCCAGGGCCACCAGGACCUCAUGGCCCUCCAGGACCCAUGGGCCCCCAUGGCUUCCCUGGACCCAAGGGGGAACCUGGGCUACAUGGUGUGAAGGGUAUGCGAGGGGAACCGGGGCAUAAAGGGGAUCGUGGACCACUGGGUCUUCCUGGAGCCUCCGGCUUGGACGGCAAGCCUGGAAUUAGGGGAAUGGACGGGCCUCCAGGUCCAGCUGGUCCAGCUGGACCAAAGGGCGAUAGAGGAGAGAGAGGGGCACCGGGUGAGCCGGGACCGAGGGGACCCUACGGACUACCUGGAGCUGCUGGAACACCAGGCUUGGACGGGUUACCAGGCUUAAGGGGCGAGAAAGGCGACGUUGGGGAAAGAGGAGAAAAGGGGGAGAAGGGAAAGAAGGGGAAAAAAGGGCCUAAGGGCGAGAAAGGAGAACAGGGUGCCCCUGGAUUAGAUGCACCCUGCCCAUUGGGUCCUGAUGGAUUACCAAUGCCAGGGUGCUGGCAGAAGUGAUCGCUCUAACCUGAAUCGCAUGGAGUUUGUAAAUAAUGCUUAUUUUAUGCUGCUUCUACUCACAUCGCCAUGUGGCAACCCUGUGUGCCGCCAACCUCAACAUCCACAUCGAAGUGGGGUUCAGAUCCUUGGUCGGCACCAGAACUCAUCUCGGACUGGAGCGCCGCACCUGAGUCAUGGGAGGGGGGGUUGAAAAGCAAAUGUGGGAGGCCGAGGAGGCCAAGACAUUUGGUGUGGAGUGGGAUCUGGACUAGCUCGCUAACGCCAAACGCUCGGUGUUUUGUGUUGUUUCGUCCCAACAAGCUCACCGCCCACUCAUGCACGCCAUUUUUCGAGAAGAGACUAAAACUGAACAUUGCACCUGCAUGAGUUGUGCUCUGGCGUUCUAUUUACACGUGUUGUACAGAUGUCACUGUUUUGUGGUUGCUUCAUGGCUUCUGCAGACACACAAAAAAAAGACUAACAUUUACGCCAACAGCAGCAACAAAAGAGCUCGGGAAUAGUAACAUGUUGAUAUUUUCUUUUAAUCUUCCCAAGGGAGUGACACCGUGGCUGGUAGCCUGAAAAGAGUUGAUCCCGAAAAAGUGUCAGUUAUCUCUUUGUUGUGGCGACGCCUGACAGCCUGCAGGUUUUCUGCCGUUCUUGAGCGGCACCUCUAACGGCCUCAUUUUGGAAAGGGAGCGAGAACACAGCAGGCUCACCGCACUGAUUUUGAAGGAUAAACAAAUGACGCCCGAGAGGAUUUGAGGUAGCUUUCCCCAUAAUCGUGGGAACAGAUUACACAAGAGGGAGCUGCUGACGAUGUCAACGGAGCAUCUGCCUCUCCGCUCAGGCGACGAGGUCUACUGAUAGUGUUUUUUAAGAAAAAUAAUAAUACAAUCACAUUUUAUUUGUUUCUCUUUUUGUUUUUGCUGUCAUUCUUACACCAUUUGUAUUUUAUAGCCUUUGGUGCCUCAAGCUUUUAUUCAUUCCUUUUUCGGAUAUGUACAAUUUUAUAUCAUGUUUUAAUUUCUUUGGAAUGGUGUUUAUUGCGCAAAGGUACACCUUUGUGUUUUUAAUGUAUUUAAAGCCCCAAACUAUGCUGUUAUUCAUAUGGAUCAAUUACCGAUAGCUUCACCUCAGAUCAUUAUUAUCCUGUUAUUUGUAAAGUGUUGCCAAUUCAGUACAUGUACUUAUGGACUGAUAUGGAAAAUAAGCUUCAAUAUGCAUCAGAAUCCAAAGUUUGGUUUGUGCAAGUUUGAGAUUUAUUUUAGCGCAAGAUGGGAAUCUCAAGUUGACACACUUAAAUACUGUUUUUUUGGGUCAGUUUCCACUUAUAAACCACAUCACAUUCCAUAUCAAAUGGAGUUGUUUUUUUUUUUUCCAACUAUAGCUUGUUGAUCAUUUUGUAUUCUUGCCUAAAACUUGCCUUCUGACAGCAAGGUGGCACCACAGUACUUUUUCUUCUGUUACAGCUAUGCAUGGGCAAAUGAGAAAAUACUUCUUUUUUUUAUUUGGCAGCAGUCGCAGUUUAUUUCUGUCGGUAAUGAAGUUUUCCAGAAAUUGUCAGAUUUCUAUAUUUGGAGAGUAUCGCUAUUUGUAGCCAACAUUGUUGCAUUGACAUGGACAGAACAAGCCUUGAAUAAAAUUAUAGCUGUGAUUAAUGUUAGCAUAUGUGGAGACACCAAGCCCAAUAGAAACGGUAGUUAGCGUUAUCAUACGGGGUCAGUCUGUUUGUUUCAAGCAGAACUUGUAUUUUAGGUUUUGGGUUCCGUGUUAAAAUUCUUGUUGGAACCAAAUGAAAUGACAGUUAAUGACUAUCUGUCUUUUAGACUUUCUAAAAAAUACUUGUCUUUCAUACUAUAGUCUGUUGCUAAUGCUGCAAUUAAGCUAGGCUAUCUUGGGCAUGUUAUUUAGACAAACAAGCAAGCAAGCAAGCGCACUAUUUCUAACUAUUUCUCUUUUACACUAGCUUGUUCAGUUAAACAAUAAUGUACUUGAUUUUUAGACAAAGGCAAGAAGUGAAUUGAACACCAAGUUAUUGCAAGCAGAAAUAUUUUUUAAACUAGCUAAACUAAAAAUGUUAAGUUGUUAGCAUUAUGUAAAAUAAACAUAUCUCUUCUGUAACAUUACAAAAUGUAAAAUUUCUGGGUUAGUCCAGGUUCUGACAACUGGUAAAAGCCUGAUUACUCGUGUGCAGUCAAGGUUCUUGUGGGUUUCCUAACCAGGGUUAAUGCUAACAAAAGUUGAUGUUAUGUGUUGACAACAUACCUUGUUUAUGUAACAAUGUACAAUAUAAACAGUGUUACACUCCAAAUCUGUGUAACUCUUAUCACUUUCUGCUUUUUUUUUUCUCAUAAAAUUAAUUUUAUUGUAACACAAAAUGGGUGCACAUCAGUCAUAAUGGUGCUACCAGAUAGUUGGUCAACAACAGCUCAGUUGCUCUACCAGGAGCAUUUUUCUUUAUUGUUGUUGGGGUUUUAUGUUUGUAACUUUUUGGCAUACAUAUGUCUGAUACAUUAUUUAUUUUUCUAUAAUUUCUUAAAUGAAGGCAUUUUGGUUUUAAAUAGGCAUUCCUUUCAGGUGACGAUUGCAGAGGCGUAGCUAGCAGGUUGGAUUUAAACCCUUCAUUGACCUAUUCCACAGAAACUGUUUUUGCACUUUGAACCAAUUUCAUCAAAAACAUGAUUUAGUUUUCAAAUGCUCAAAACGCCAAAUAGAAUAAUUGCUUUGGAUAACUAGUUCUUGUUGAAAAACUCUGAUAGUGACAGCUAGUGGCCAGUGGAAGCCCCCCAAAAUUAAUUCCUGGCUAAGCCGUAGCUGUAUGGGGAUUUUUCAUGUCAGUUUACGCUGCAUCUCUGAUUUAUAUGAAGGCUGAGGAUGAUGUCAUGAAACCCAAAUGCAAACCAUAAGAGUUGAGGUACGUUUACUUCAUGGUGCAGUGGCGGGCUCAUCAUGGAGUUGGCCUGUCAUACAGGUAACGGGGCCUGCAUGCAGGCUUGGCCCCUACGGUAGUUAAAUAAUGCCGCUUUAGCCUCACAUGUUCUUUUUUUUAUUGAAUGUAGUUUGAUUAUGUGUAUAGUGGUUUAUUAUUGUAUUGUUGAAAUGUGUGCUCAUUUGACAAAAAAAAGUGCAAUUUCUAUUUUUGGUUGAUGUGCGUGGCUUCUCUCAUGCUACGCUGAAUACCACUACUUGGAGAAUAACAACCAGAAGACAAAGAAAACGUGUAAAUAAGGACCUUUGAUGAAAUUGAAAUUUGGAUCGUUUCUGCCUCACACACUUUUUGUUCAUAAGACUUAAUGGUUGCAAUGUUGUUUUUAAUUUUGUCUUUUGAUUUCCAGCAUUUGUGACAGUAUUUUAUAGGAUGCGCAGCUAAUUUUUACAGACUAUUAUUUUUUAAUUGCUUUGUUCAUUCUGCCACUGGCAGGAAUGCCACAGGAUUUAAAGCAUUUCUUUCUGUUUCAGUGUUAGAAGAGCUGCUAUGGGGCUCCAGAAUGUCAUAGUUGCAUAAAGGUUUGGGACUGACGCUGAGUCGUGUUUUCCUCUGAUGAGUCAGCAGUAUGCACCCCUGAGCCACACAUAACUCACCCAAACCUCUUAGAUUAAACUUGCUGGAGUCGUAUAACUGAAUAAAGUGACGGUGACUAUAGUUCUCUGCAUUGCGCUGACAAAUCUGUGUCUUAUCGGAACUCCUCUGCAGCUUUUGACUUAACAUUUUUCCACAAAUUCUUAAAAAAAUAAAUAAAUAAAAUGCAGAACAACAUGUUCCACUUUGUGGCGUACAUUGGCUAAAACUGCAUUUAUUUGGCUGUGGUAUGUUGGUUUUUCUUCUGCAUUUGUGUUCCUUUUUUGAUGCACUUGAUGGACAUUGCAUUGAGGAUCCUUGUAUUCACACAAACUGCUAUAUUUCAGAAUAUUUCAUAUGACUGUACUGUUGGAGCCAAAUAAACGCAGACUUUGAAAUAUAA